ACACGUCAGUGUCUAUCAAACUAUCGAAACAAACUAUUUUCCCUAUAAGAAUCGAAGAUUUGGCAUUAAACAAGCACAUAAAAAUAUUGCUUACGUUGGAAACGAUUCCUUAAAUUGCAAUAUUUUCGGAGUGAUUCGACGCUUGUAACGUGCUGUUUGCUAUAAAUCAUUCCUGGCUUCCUGGACGUAUAAAUAUCAUAACGUGACUCAACUUCAAAGAGAAUAACGAUAUAGAAAUAUUUGUAUUACCUUGCCUGCAGCUAGGAAUCGGAGUGUACGUUGAAAUUGGUACGAUAUCGAUUCUGGAAAACACGAAGUAAACAUAUUUACAAACUCUUCUACGAUCCGUAAUCUCUAGCAGUCCAAUAAAUUUUAUAUCUGUACCAUUAACUUUACACUAUCCAAGCACGUAUUAAAAGAAGAACCAGAGACAGAGAAGAGCUAUUUCGAUCGAUUUGAUGAAAUUGUACGAAGAACGAUCAUGUUAGGGCUGAUUUUCCGCGGAGUAUUCCUAAUCGGAAUCCUCACCUGGUACAGCACCAACGUGUGGAAAUUGAUCGACAGCUACUUCAGGGAUCAGUUCCGGAGUUACUUGGAGGAGGAGUAUCGGAAGAAUCCGCGAAUGAAAUCCGACGUGCAGGGUGUCUCGGUCGAUAAGAUCGAUCCCGUCCCCGUGGAAAGUCCCCAGACGACGGUGGAGCCGCCACGGGACGUCACCGAAGUCUUCCAGCCAGAGGCGUGCACGGUCGAAGCUGCAGAAAACGAUUCCGCGAUCGUCGAACCGAAUCGCGAGGAGGACGUGACAGGUGGCACUAGUGAAAACAAGGCUGCGGGGGGAUCCACCGAUAAAAAUGCAUUCCUGGGAACUACCGCGGAAUCGGAGCUGGAAAGUAGGAAGUCGACCGACGAUGAGCAAGAAUCUCGACGACCCAUUAAUCACGACGACCGUGACCUCGAAGAAGCAGAGAAGAAGAAAGAGGAUCGUCGAUCAGUCUCCGCGGUGUCUAAGAACACCAGGAAGAGAGCUAAACGCGACAAGAAGCCGACCGUUUCUAGGGACAUUUCGCGCGACAAUCGGUCGCCGAGAACGAGAAACGUGAAGACCAUCACGCUCACCGAGACGGAUUUCAUGUCGGCGACGAUCAACGACGAGUCGAACGACGAUUUCUGGGAGUUCGAGGAGGACGCUGUCGAGAAGGAGCCGCUGGAAGGCAUUUUGAUUUCCGAGUUGCCGUUCAAACCGAGGGCGGACAUAGGACAUUUGGAGAGGGUCACUGCGGACGAGUAUUGUCCUUUGACUUUGGAGGACGAGGCCACCUGCGGAGACACUGCUAAGUGGCCUUGAAAAUCCCAUGGAAGCAUAGAUCCCAGAGACGAAAAAUGGACCUCGCAAUAAUUAAGAGUAGAAAUUUCAUUGCACGCAAGUGUGUAUUUAAAUGUCUUAUUCAGACUGAAUAAAAUACCCUUUUGACUUUCUCCUGUUUGCUUUGAAUUCGUUUCUGCAAAAAUUAUUCAUGCAAUGAAAUUUGUACUUCUAAUUAUUGCACUCUGAAAACCUCUGGAGACUGAUCAAUGAGUUAAAUUAGGUAAAAUGGUUCGCGAAAAUAUUUUCUACUCGUGUUGUUUUUUUGACAAAUUUUCUUUAGACUUGAUGAUUUGAUCCUCGACUUAGGCAACAAACAACUUGUUUGUUGACGACUUCUUUUGUCUGAUAUAAAAUAUGAAUGAACUAAGUAAUUGUAGAAUAUCUUCUACGCCAUAGUCAUUUGUCAGUUGGUACAUGCGUAAUUAUGAUGAUGCAAGUUUAAUUUUCUGUUAAAGGUUAUGUAAAAUUUAUUUAAAAAUUUAUUUCCUUGUAUUCAUGUUUUAGAUACAAAUGUUCUUCAUCAGUGAUUUUCCUCCUCGACAUACUACA